UCGGCGAAGCCCGGGAAACCACCGAGGAGUUUAAUCGGGAGGUGUUUUGGAGAAGACUCAAGGAGGAGGCUGAGAAAGUGUCCAGGGAAGCCACCACCCUGACCAUGGUCUUCUCUCGCCCUCCCCCGCCGUCUCCACAGGAAACCCAGAGGUUCUGUGAAAAAGUCCAUGAGGCGAUCAAGGCCAUUAUUGCAGUAUACUAUUCACUUCCCAAGGAUCAGGGGAUCACUCUGAGAAAGCUGGUACGGGGCGCUGCUCUGGACAUCGUGGACAGCAUGGCUCAGCUCGUGGAAGUCCUUAUCAUCACUCCAGCUCAGAGCCUUGAGAACAGUGACCUUAUUUCCUGCAACAGUGUCUGGGUUGCGUGCCAGCAGGUGCCUCAGAUUCCAAGAGACAACAAGGCUGCAGCCCUUCUAACACUGACAAAGAAUGUGGAUUUUGUGAAAGAUGCCCAUGAGGAAAUGGAGCGGGCUGUGGAAGAAUGUGAUCCUUACUGUGGCCUCUUGAAUGACUCUGAGGACAACUCCGACAAUCAUGAUGAAGAUGAUCUACUGGGGUUCCCAAGCAAUCAGGACUUAUACUGGUCAGAAGAAGAUCAAGAGCUCAUAAUCCCAUGCCUGGCGCUGGUGAGAGCAUCCAAAGCCUGCCUGAAAAAAAUUCGGAUCUUAGUGGCAGAAAAUGGGAAGAAGGAUCAGGUGGCCCAGCUGGAUGACAUUGUGGACAUUUCUGAUGAGAUCAGCCCCAGCGUGGAUGAUUUGGCUCUGAGCGUAUAUCCACCUAUGUGCCAUCUGACUGUGCGAAUCAAUUCUGCGAAACUUGUAUCUGUUUUAAAGAAGGCACUUGAAAUUACAAAAGCGAGUCAUGUGACCCCUCAGCCAGAAGAUAGUUGGAUCCCUUUACUCAUUAAUGCUGUAGAUCAUUGCAUGAACAGAAUCAAGGAGCUCACUCAGAAUGAACUUGAAUCAUGAGUUUUCAGGCUCAUUUGUACUCUCUUCUCUCUUUUCUCAUCCACACAGACAAACUCUGAUUCUGUUUUUAAAGUGGAGCUAGAAUGCUUCCUGGAUAGAAAGGGAGUUCCUGUCUAUAUUCAACGAGAGACACUAUUACCAAAGAUUGUUGGUUAGGCCAGACUUGCAGUUAUUUAUACACUGUAUGAGUGUGAUAUAUUUUUCUGUGCUAGGUAUAAAAGAUAAUUGCAUGAAUUUGUGCUACAGAAUUGCCUAUCAGAGAUUCCUAGGGAAACUGCCUUACUCCUAUUUGCAAUAAAGUGUGUUGUUUCAUUGUUAAAA